CGCGCUUUGGGUGGCCAGAUGCUGGGCUUGCUCUUGCCCACCUUUGAGAAUCCUCAUCAUGCUGGUGGCCCGGUGAGCUCUGCUUCCUAACUGGGAGGGUGGCGCUGGGCGCAGGCCCGCGGGAAGCCCGAUGGAAAACUCCAAGAAUUUCCGGAUUGAUGCGCUCCUGGCGGUGGACCCUCCCAAGGUGGCCGUCUCGGCGGCGCAGACUUCGCCUCUGGCCUUGGUCACCUCGCUCUCCUCCGGCCACAGCAGGUCCAGUUCCAGCAGCAGCUCCAGCUCCAGCUGCAGCCCGCCGUCCUCAGCAGAUCCGCACACGGGCGGCUCCUCGGAUUGCCUGAGGACUGAGAGUCCUUCCCCGCCUCGGAUCCUCGGCGCGCAUUGCGGGUUGGUGCCCAAGCCGGGCUUCCUGCCUGGAGGGAGCAGUGGCGGCGGCGGCGGCGGCGGAGGCGGCGGGGGGCACCAUCACCACCAUCACCACCAUCACCCGCACCCCCACUCGGCCCUGGGACUGCACCCCGCGGCGCAAGGCGGAGCCGGCCUCCACCCUCAGGCAGCCCUCUACGGGCACCCCAUGUACAGCUACCCGGCGGCGGCGGCGGCGCUGGCCUCUCAGCACCCAGCCCUCUCCUACUCCUACUCCCAAGUCCAGCCUUCCCACCCUGCGGCCGAUCCCAUCAAGCUCAGCGCAGGCACUUUCCAGCUGGACCAGUGGCUCCGAGCCUCCACCGCCGGCAUGAUCCUGCCCAAAAUGCCAGACUUUAACUCCCAAGCGCAGUCCAACCUGCUGGGCAAGUGCCGGCGGCCCCGCACCGCCUUCACCAGCCAGCAGCUGCUGGAGUUGGAGCAUCAGUUCAAGCUGAACAAAUACCUGUCCAGGCCGAAGCGCUUCGAGGUGGCCACGUCCCUCAUGCUCACCGAGACGCAGGUGAAAAUCUGGUUCCAGAACCGACGCAUGAAGUGGAAACGAAGCAAGAAGGCCAAGGAGCAGGCAGCCCAGGAGGCUGAGAAGCAGAAGGGGGGCAGCCCGGGGGAGGACAAAGCAGGGGAUGAGGUGCAGCCACCAGCUGGGGGGCCAGAGAAGAGCCAUGGGGGCCGCCGCUUGCGGGAGCUCAGGGACAGCGACCCAGAGGAAGAGGAGGAGGAAGAAGAAGAAGAGGAGGAAGAAGAGGAAGAAGAUCCACCUGGACACUGCUGCCCUUAUGGCUCUCCUGACUGCUCUGAUGCCGAGGAGGAUGGGAGGCAGCCCCGUAGCAGGCAUGGGGGAGCUCACCCACAACUCCCCCCAGCCCCAGCCCCCUAAGUAGCUGGAUCCCAGAGCCAUGACUGCCCUGGUUCCCAAGAAAAACCUGCCCCAGAUCUCUU